UCCUGUGCGCAGUGCUCCGGCCCGGCCGCUCCUUCCCUCCUCACUUCCUCCCCACAGCUGGCUCUGUCUCUCUCCCUCUCUCUCUCUCUCCCUCUCUCUCUCUCUCUCUCUCUCUCUCUCUCUCUCUCUCUCUCACUCUAUCUCUCUCUCUGAUGCUGGCUCGCCGUCUCCUUUUCACACGCCGGACCAAAUACUUCGGAGGGUGGAAUGACUGACUACCUGUUUUGCAUGGUCUGAAUUUCGGGAAAUUCGCACGUCGGAAAGGAGGGGAGUCAAGAGGGAAAAGAGAGGCUCUCCAUCCCCCGAGGGAAUUUAUUUUACAGUAAGCAGGCGCAAUGAGGUAUGCCAGUGCCUGAGGUGGCGUCUGACACUGCCAGCGCUGCCACCAUGUUGAGCCCCGUCCUCAAUGCCUCCAAUGGAGACGGCUCCGAGUCUGAAACCACCUCCGCCAUCCUCGCCUCCGUCAAGGAACAGGAGUUGCAGUUUGAACGUCUGACCAGGGAGCUGGAAGCCGAACGACAGAUUGUUGCCAGUCAGCUGGAGAGAUGCAAACUUGGCUCUGAGACUGGAAGCAUGACUAGCAUCAGUUCAGCAGAUGAGAAGUUUCGCUGGAACAACCAAGAUGGACAGAAGGACAUAGAGGAGGAGCUGACGACAGGCCUGGAGCUGGUGGACUCCUGCAUCCGGUCGCUCCAGGAGUCGGGCAUCUUGGACUCGCAGGACGCCUCCACGGGAGACAGACAAGGACUCCUGUCCCAAAGCGCUCUGCAGCUCAACAACCAGGAUGCCUAUGCAGCAGCUGGUUACCAUAGUAACCAAGCUCUGGCACUUGGGGAAACAGUCAUGGGCCGCGGCGGGCAGGUCGGAGGGGCAGUUCACAGCUACAAUCAGGUGACAUCCAGCCGUGCAGCUGCCCAGUUAGUGGGGACAGACUCUCCCUCCCAGUCCCAGAGAGACUCAUUUGCCCAGCAGGCCCAUGGCAGCGCCUUCCAUAUGCCCACAGAGGGAGGAUCUGCACCUGCUGGGCCAUCCAUGUAUUACUCCUGCGCCACUUUGCCUGCACAGCGUGUCAGCUCCCCUCUGCAGGCGGUGGGAUCCCCUACCAAGCUGCAGCGCCUGGGAUCAGCCUCCUCUGACAUGCCCAGCUACGCCACGCUACAGAGGGUGUCCUCACCCAAGCAGUCACCCAGCCGGCUCGCCAAGUCCUACAGCACGUCAUCGCCCAUCAACAUGGUAGCAUCGGGCGCCGCCGGCUCCUCCUCACCCCUCCCCAUGGCAGCCUCCCCGGGCGGGAACCACACCUCGUCGCCCAUCCACCAGCUCAGCUCGGUGGUGGGAAGCUACGCCACGCUGUCGCCCACCAAGCGCAUGCUGCAUCACAUCGGACCAGACAGCUACAAGAUCUCCCACGAGCUCUACGCCAACGCAACCCUGCAAAGGCCUGGUAGCCUGGCAGGUAGAGGCUCCAGAGGUUCCUACAGCAGCCAGCACAGUCACCUGGGCUCCGAGCUCCGGCCCCUGCAGUCUCCUGAACACCACAUCGACCCCAUCUACGAAGACAGAGUCUACACCAAACCCAACCUUAGAGGACAAGUGGUGAACCAGUUGUACCAAGAGGUCCUCAACUAUCUGCUCUGUCCCUACGCUCCUCUUCCCGCUUUAGCCCCGCCCUCCCCCGGUGUCGACCCAAUCCCCUUGCAGCGAACGGGAAGCCAGAGCGCCACCGCCACUUUUCAGAGAGGCAGCUUCGCCACAGGAGGCGGGGCGGCCGACUACGCCAACCCGUACCGCACUCUGCAGUUCUGCCCGUCCACCGAGUCGCCUUACAGCAAGUCGGGCCCCGCCCUCCCGCCCGAGGCCGCCCUGGGCCGGUCUCCAUCCGUGGACAGCAUCCAGAAGGACCCAAGGUACGACCCAGAAUUCCUUGUGUGGAAUCAAAAUCAAGCCGAGCAAAGAAUGACAAAGGAGUUUGGCUGGAGGGAUCCAGAGCUGCCAGAGGUGAUCCAGAUGUUGCAGCAUCAGUUCCCAUCAGUCCAAUCCAACGCUGCCGCGUACCUCCAGCACCUCUGCUUCGGAGACAACAAGAUCAAAUCUGAGAUCCGGCGGCAGGGCGGCAUCCAGCUGCUGGUGGACCUGUUGGACCACCGGAUGACCGACGUCCACCGCAGCGCCUGCGGAGCCCUGAGGAACCUGGUGUACGGCAAAGCCAACGACGACAACAAGAUCGCCCUGAAGAACUGCGGAGGCAUUCCUGCUCUGGUCCGGCUGCUGCGCAAGACCACAGACGUGGAGAUCCGAGAGCUGCUCACAGGUGUUUUGUGGAACCUGUCGUCGUGCGACGCCCUGAAGAUGCCCAUCAUCCAGGACGCCCUGGCCGUGCUGACCAACGCCGUGAUCAUCCCUCACUCGGGCUGGGACACCUCCCCGCAUACGCAGGAGGACCGCAAACUCCACCUACACUCCUCCCAGGUCCUCCGCAACGCCACAGGCUGCCUCCGGAAUGUGAGUUCGGCAGGUGAGGAGGCCCGCAGGAGGAUGAGGGAGUGUGAGGGCCUGACAGACGCUCUGCUCUACGUCAUCCAGACCGCUCUGGGAAGCAGUGAGAUUGACAGCAAGACCGUGGAGAACUGUGUGUGCAUCCUGAGGAACUUGUCGUACCGUCUGGCCGCAGAGACAUCUCACAGCCAGCAGGGGGGGUCGGAGGAGCUGGACGGUCUGUUAUGUGACACCGGCGGGAAGGACGCAGAGAGCUCCGGAUGCUGGGGCAAGAAGAAGAAGAAAAAGAAGGGACACGACCAGUGGGACGGCGUCGGCCCGUUUCCAGACUUGGCGGAGCCCCCGAAAGGCAUCCAGAUGUUAUGGCACCCCACCAUCGUCAAGCCCUACCUCACACUGCUGUCUGAGUGUUCCAACCCAGACACCCUGGAGGGAGCAGCUGGGGCUCUGCAGAACCUAGCUGCUGGCAGCUGGAAGUGGUCGGUGUAUAUCCGUGCCGCAGUGCGUAAAGAGAAGGGCCUCCCGAUCCUGGUGGAGCUGCUGAGGAUAGACAACGACCGGGUGGUGUGUGCCGUGGCCACCGCGCUCAGAAACAUGGCUCUGGACAUCAGGAACAAGGAGCUCAUCGGUAAAUACGCCAUGAGGGACCUGGUGCACCGUUUGCCCGGAGGCAGCAACAACAACAACAGCACCGGCGGUGGAGGAGGAGGAGGAGGAGGCGGCGGCGGGGGCAGCGCCAACAACAGCGGCCUGGUGGGGAAGACCAUGUCGGACGACACCAUCACGGCUAUCUGCUGCGCGCUGCACGAGGUCAUCACCAAGAACAUGGAGAACACGAAGGCUCUGAGGGACGCCGGCGGCAUCGAGAAGCUCAUCGGCAUCGCCCGCAGCAAAGGAGACAAAAUUCCUAGACAUAGUCCCAAAGUGGUGAAAGCAGCAUCUCAAGUCCUGAACAGCAUGUGGCAAUACAGAGACCUCCGCAGCCUCUACAAAAAGGAUGGAUAUUCUCAGUACCAUUUCGUCGGCUCUUCCUCCACGAUAGAGAGAGACAGACAGCGACCUUAUUCUUCCUCUCGUACUCCGUCCAUCUCUCCCGUACGGACCUCACCUAACAAUCGAUCAGCGAGCGCGCCAGCUUCCCCCAGGGAGAUGAUGGCGCUGAAGGAGAGGAAGGCAGACUAUGAGUCAACCGGCAAUGCCAGUUACCUUGGCAACAAGGGCGAGCACACAUCCCGGAAGGACGCGAUGACAAGUCAAAUCUCCGGUGGGUCUUCAACACUACACAGAGGAGCGUACGUGUCACCUACUGACGACCUGAAGUAUAAUCAGGUCUCUUGUCAAGGCUUGCCUUCAGAGCCCUACCCUCCUUUCCAAAACCCUCCCCCACCCGACGCCGGCAACUACGAGGACCAGGCCUUCUACGAGAACCAGGUUCACGUGGGAGGGCGCCCCCCACAGGGUGAACUCAACAUGCACCUGCAGGGCCUCAAGUCCACCGGCAACUAUGUAGACUUCUACUCAGCCUCGCGGCCCUACAGUGAGCUCAACUACGAGACCAGUCACUAUCCCGCCUCACCAGACUCCUGGGUGUAAGGAGAGACGAGGGUGGAGGAGGAGGAGAGAAUGGAUGACGGAAAAAAAAAGGACGGUGAAGGGGUAGUUUAAAAGGUGGAGGAGCGAAGAUAAGAGGACAAUUUCCCUCCCUCCCCAUCCUCCCCUGUAGUUCCUGAGUAGCAUCAUAGGUAGCAGGAUGACAGAGGGGGAGGAUGGAGCGCAAGAAAGGAGACAUGAGGAGAAAAUCUAAGACAUUACACUCCUUUCAGAGACAUCUGAUGGGGAAGGGGAGAGGGGACAAAAGAGGAACCAGAUGCAAACGGAGGAGCGGCCAUGCAUGUGCAUGCACACCACCAACAAAACCGACAAGACACAUUUUCUCUCUGUGUUUAGUUUGUGAUCAACAACUGCUAGAGAAAGGUCCAGCAGACAGAAAGACCUCAUGCACCUGACGGCCUCUGGAUACAGAACGUAAAUGCGACGGAACGUGAUGAAAGGAAAAAGCGCGACAGAAGAAGUGGGAAAUAUAACGGGAUGAAGAAGGACGAUGAUGAAAGAGAAAAAACGGAUCAGUGGACUCAGGGACGGAAAAGGUUUUGGAUCGUGAGUGGAACGUGUGAGAGAUACCCGGGAGAAACCUGUAUAUAUGUGGUAUAGCAACAUGGCUUUUAGUAAUGUGAAGCACAAGAAGCAGAGCUGUAGGACAUGUAGAACGUCUGUCACACAAACUUUUGUUUCUUCUAUGGCUUCAGCGUGAUGUAUCCUCCUCUGGGCAAAGAACGCUUCUGGACUUUGUCAUUUGUAACGGUUUAUUUUUUUUCUUUCGUUGUGUUUCUACUUUUUUAAUUCUCGAUUCUGGUUGUAUAGUAUUUGAUGUACACUGUACAUUUACGGAGAAGCAUUGUGUACUGUACAUUGCACUAUUUUCUGUGUCAUGUCAGGCCUUUCGCCACUGGGUCAACCUCACUUCCUCACUAACUACCCCGCCCCCGAACUCACACAAGUACACACAGUAUCUGCACUCAGACUUUCAGAACUCAUAUCACAGCUACAGAUAGAUGUCAACAUGUUGCUAAUGUGAAACCCUGGAUAGGAAUUGGUUAUCGAAGCAUCAUCUCUGGUAGGUCACGGUGCUCCUUUUACUGCCCUACAGAUCGUGUUCAGACGGCACAGCUGCCAAAAUAGCUGAAGAGAGAGAGAGAGGCUCAAAACAGCCGAGCCGCCUUUUUCCGUGACAAACUCUUUGGUUAACUUUGGCUUUUUUUGGCGGCUAUCUUUCCACAGUAACACCACAGAUCCCCCCUUUUUGUUCCCACGAGCCGUUCAUUCAGGUGAACCGUGCUCAUUGUGUAUAUAACCGUGCCAAACAAGGGUUAUUUCCCCUCAGCUGACGAAGGCAUGGGGAGGGGGGGGGGUUUAGGGGUGUGUUAAAGGGUCCAAGUUCAGCUGAAGCUUUCAGCCGAACAUCCUCGCGGUUCUAACGAUGCCAGUUUGUAAAUGCUUUGGUUUUUCUAAACUGUGUUUUACUGGGAUGAAACCCGUGUAACUGCACCAGGACCGGGGAGAAAAAUUAAAAAUGAAAACUUAAAAAAAAAAUAAAAUAAAAUAAAAAGAGAGAAAAGAUCACCACGGAGGGACUGUGACCGGGCUGAACCUCGCUUCCUCCAAAGUUGUACAAAAUUAGUUGAUUUCUGUGUUGUAAAAUAAUCAAUGUUUGAAGUACAAAAAAAAAAAAAAAAACUUUUCUGAGAGAUGGGUGGCAAUUCUAACUUCAUGGUAGACGAAACUGUUAAUAGAGUUAUGGAUAUAUAUUAUAUAAAUAUAAAUAUAUACUUUUUAUGUGCAGAUGUGGAUGUCACUUAUAGCAGCAACAUUAUGGAAAAAGACUUGUAAAAAAAAAAAAUACAAAAAAAAAAAAAACAGCUACAUGUAGGAAUUUUGUUCACAUUUUAUUUUCUGGUCAACACACUAAAUUGUCAACUUUGUGUAGUAAUGUUGUUGCUAUGUGGAGUAGAGUAGACCAGGGCCCAGGGAUCCACGUUGUCACUAAAGAAGUCCAAAAAAAGGUGCUACAUCCGUGAGAAGUAUUUCCAACAUGUCUGUACUUUAACUGUGCACAGAAAUGUUUGCCCCCCCCCCCCCCCUUCAAACGAUCGAUUAUCAGCUAUUGAGAUUAGAAAUGUCACAGGUGACCGUUUUUAAAUCACACGACAGAACAAUCACAGGUUUGUUUCCUCCCGUGCAUGAAGCUCCCAAUUCUGAUCGAUCGGUCUCAUGAUGCUGAAAGAGCAAAAAGAAAACCUGCACCCAUGAAUGCAUGAGUAUUUGUUGUCAGUAAAUCUGAAGCUUAAUGGUGAUUUUUUUUUUUUACUUUAUAUUUCUAAGUGAGAAAGGCUAAAUUGUAAAAUGUGACAACAGACCCUGGUUCUCCCUACCCACUGCUGUUUAGAAGUCCUAGAGGUCAUCUUCUGAUGCUUGAAAAACGACUCAUAAUGCAAACUGUCCCCCACGAAAACACUGGAUGAAAAAACAGACGUACUGUAUUUGUUAGUAAGCAUCUGGAAACUGACAACGUUAUGUAUGUCCUUGUGAUCCUUAGGCAGAAAAAACCUGACUGUAAGACCUGUAUGAAGAUAUAACAUCGGUAACCUUUUUUGUUGCUAGACCAAACGUGUUUUAAAAAGAGAAUUGUGAAUCUUUCUAUUGCCUCAAACAGAUUGCAACUGCUCCAAAAAAUAUAAACAGACCAUCAAAGAG